GCAUAAACUCGUCUUCUUCUUCUACUUCUCUCUCUCUCUCUCUCUGUGGCUUCCGGUUGGUCUGCAAAACCAAGAAGAGGACGCAGUUAUGGGGACUCAAGCUCCCAUUGAUCAUACCUACGAUCGCCAGCGCAGCGUCAAAGAAAAAUUGGAGAAGCCGAAGGUGAUCGACGAUUGGCUACCGAUUACUUAUUCAAGAAACGCGAAAUGGUGGCACUCGACUUUUCACAAUGUCACCACCAUGGUUGGAGCUGGCGUGCUCGGUCUACCGUACGCCAUGGCUGAGCUUGGAUGGGGUCCUGGUGUGGCGGUGCUGGUCUUGUCCUGGACCAUCACCCUCUACACGUUGUGGCAAAUGGUCGAGAUGCACGAGAUGGGUCCUGGAAGGCGGUUUGAUAGGUACCACGAGCUGGCCCAACACGCAUUCGGUGAAAAACUCGGCCUCUACAUUGUGGUUCCACAGCAGCUCAUUGUCGAAGUCGGAGUGAACAUUGUCUACAUGGUCACCGGAGGCAAAUCCCUGCAAAUGUUCCACGAUGCGGUUUGCUGGAGCUGUAAGAAGAUCAAGACGACUUACUUCAUCAUGAUAUUCGCUUCUGUUCACUAUCUACUCUCCCACCUUCCCAACUUCAACUCUAUCGCCGGCAUCUCCUUGGCUGCUGCCAUCAUGUCUUUGAGCUACUGCACUAUUGCUUGGACAGCUUCACUCCACAAGGGUGUUCAGCCCUACGUACAAUACGGGUACGGAGCGAAGUCAACAGCGGGAACGGUAUUCAACUUCUUCGGUGCAUUGGGCGACAUUGCUUUUGCCUAUGGCGGGCACCAUGUUGUGAUGGAGAUCCAAGCGACCAUCCCGUCCACUCCGGAGAAGCCAUCCAAAGGCCAGAUGUGGAGAGGAGUCCUCGUCGCGUACAUUGUUGUGGCUCUCUGCUACUUCCCGGUUGCCUUAAUUGGGUACUGGAUAUUUGGGAACUCGGUUAAGGACAACAUCCUCAUCUCGUUGGGAAAACCCGCUUGGCUCAUUGCUCUCGCCAAUAUGUUUGUGGUUGUCCAUGUGAUUGGAAGCUAUCAGAUUUCUGCAAGGCCGGUGUUUGACAUGAUAGAAACUGUACUAGUGAAGAAAUGGCACUUUAAGCCCACUCGAACACUUAGGUUUAUAACGCGCAAUAUCUAUGUCGCGUUCACGAUGUUCAUUGCGAUUACUUUCCCCUUCUUCGGUGGUCUUCUUUCGUUCUUCGGAGGAUUCGCUUUUGCCCCUACCACAUACUUUCUUCCCUGCAUAAUGUGGCUCGCGAUUAAGAAGCCGAGGAGGUUCAGCUUGUCUUGGUGGACAAACUGGAUAUGCAUUGUGAUUGGUGUACUCUUGAUGGUCUUAGCGCCUAUUGGUGGAUUGAGGCAGAUCAUAAUCCAGGCCAAGACCUACCAAUUCUACCCUUAGAUUCCACACUUGCUUACCAGCUUACAAGGUGAAACGGCAGGCAUAAGUAAUCGAUAAAGAGAAGAUUCAUCGUUUCUACAAUGUUCUUCCUAGCAAGUCUUGGCUUGCCUGAGUUUCAUCACAUCUUCUAAUGCUGGCUUUGUGUACUUUAUCUCUCCUGUCCCGCGAGUCAUGAGUGUUAAGGGUCUCUGACCUUGUGUUUUUUUUUCGGUCAAUGUCUGAGCUUGUUGUGAUGUCAAGGUUUUUCUAUAGAAGAAGUCUUGUCUAGGGCAUAUGCUUCUAGAGCUGUACUUCUGUAAGUUGGGGGAGCCUUUAUAUUUCAAUUGCAAUCCAAUCUCUGUAUAAUUUCAUG